AUAGGUACAUUGUGAGUGUGAUCGACGUUCGACUUCGACGCUGUCUACUUGUCUAGUGUUAUCGAUUCAGAUUUCUGAAAUAGUUUUGUUAGGGAAGAGAGCGAUCGGAGCUAAAACAAUUAUUCAAAAUGUUAUUAAUAAACGUUUUUUAAUUUCAUUGUACCUAUAAUUGUUAGGGGUUGUUUUGUGUAAGAAUGAUUGUGUAAUAUUCAUGUGAGAAUGUGGCGAUAGAAGAUACAAAAAGUAGUUGUACGAUGGCGGCAGAUACGGCGGUGGCUGCCAGCCCUGAGGAGACUCUAGAAUCGUUAUUGCGGGAAGCUGAAGCUCUAAAGCAAAAGCUGGAAGAGGAACGGCAAAAACUUAACGACGUUACGCUGUCCUGUGUUGCUGAAAGGUUGGAGCCUAUCACUUUCCCUAAUCUCAAGUUACGUCGAGUCCUCAAAGGUCAUCAGGCUAAGGUUCUAUGCUCCGAUUGGUCUCCAGAUAAACGUCACAUAGUAUCUUCUUCACAGGAUGGGAAGGUGAUCAUUUGGGAUGCAUUUACUGCAACAAAGGAGCUUACAAUUUCCAUGCCCAGUACCUGGGUCAUGGCUUGUGCGUAUGCUCCUUCAGGGAAUAUGGUUGCAGCAGGGGGCCUCGACAACAAGGUGACGGUGUUCCCGCUGGGCGGCGCGGGCGACGACGAGCCGGCCGCCCGCAAGCGCACCGUGGCCACGCACACCUCCUACAUGUCGGCUUGUCUCUUCCCCAACACCGACCGACAGAUACUCACGGGCGGCGGCGACGGCACCUGCGCGCUCUGGGACGUGGAGUCGGGUCAGCUGCUGCAAAGUUUUCAGGCACAUGCGGCGGACGUGAUGGCUCUGGACCUGGCGCCGACGGACAUGGGCGACACGUUCGUGUCGGGCGGCUGCGACCGCGCCGUGCUGGUGUGGGACAUGCGCUCCGGCCACGCCGUGCAGGCCUUCGACACGCACCUGUCGGACGUGAACAGCGUGCGCUACCACCCGUCGGGCGACUCGCUGGCGUCCGGCUCCGACGACUCGUGCUGCCGGUUGUUCGACCUGCGCGCCGACCGCGAGGUGGCGCGCUACGGCAAGGACAGCGUCAUCUUCGGCGUGAACUCGGUGGAGUGGUCGGUGAGCGGGCGCCUGCUGUUCGCGGGCUACAGCGACUACACGGCGUGCGCGUGGGACGCGCUGCGGGCGGCGCGCGUGUGCGUGCUGUGCGGCCACGAGCACCGCGUGGCGCGCGUGCAGCUGGCGCCCGACGGCACGGCGCUGGCCACGGCCUCGUGGGACGCCACGCUGCGCGUGUGGGCCUGACUGCCCGGCCCCUUGGUUUACGUUCGUUGUUUGUGACGUUCUUCCGAUUUAUUGCGAGUUAUGUAGAAAUUUCUCGAUUCGACGAUCUAGUCGUGAGCUCCAUGAGAUCUGCAAUUUAGAGAGUAUGAGUAUUGUUAUAGUUCCGUCGAGUGUGCGACGAGCGGCUCCUGCGGCUGCACCUCCCGAUGAUCUUUACGUUUGUAUUCGUGAUAGAGAAAUGUGAUCGGAAACGUGAGAAUGCUUCGAGGUGUUACUAUGUUCUAAUUUAUUAGUGAGUGUUGAUUAGAAGCAUAAUUCCCUGUUCAAUGUAGCCUGCGUCGCUGGCAAGUCAUGUUUUGUGAAAUAGGAUCUUCACUAUGAGAGAGAUAAUUUUGUCUCGACUGAAAGUUUCAUAGUACUGCCACUGACUUGUGGAACAUUAUGUUAAUUCAAACCUAUUGUAAAGUUGCAAAUAAAGAUGUUAGUGAGAAUCUAUGUUAUAAACUUAUAUUUUAAAUGGAAAAGUACCUUGCGUGGUGUGAUCCCGCCUUCUAUCAAUAAAUUCAAUGUUUA